AAGGUAAAAGGUAGUGACAGGUAUGUCUCUGUCCGCUGUGAAAAAGAAGCACGUUCGGUUCGCCAGCAUGGAGGAGGACGAAGACGACGUCGACGACAACGACGAGCAGGAGGAGGAGGAGGACACCCUGUUUGACAAGAGGAAGGACACCGGGAGGGGGCUCAGGAGUGUGCUGAAGGCGGCCAAGAGGUCGAGCAAAGCGGGAUGCGACGCCCGGGUGGAGGUGGUCGGAGGAGGAGGAGGAGGAGGAGCGUGUGGCCGCUGGAUGGUCACCCUGGCUCUCUGUGCAUCUUUCCUGGGCUUGGGGAUGAGCAUCUCCGUUCUGGGCCCCACGUUCGAGGACCUGGCUGUGAACGUGAAGAAGAACAUCAGUAACAUUUCCUACAUCUUUGUCGGCCGCUCUGCAGGAUACAUCGGCGGCUCGCUCUUAGGAGGCAUUCUCUUCGACUGCAUGAACCCCCACCUCCUGCUAGGCUUGUCCAUGCUCAUCACAGCGUUUGGGAUGUGUGCCAUCCCGUUCUGCAAACAGGCUCUGAUCCUCACCGGCCUCAUGUCCAGCAUCGGGAUGUCCAUGGGGGUUUUGGAUACAGGCGGUAACGUCCUCAUCCUGAACACGUGGGGCGAGCAGGCCGGCCCUCACAUGCAGGCUCUGCACUUCAGCUUCGCCGCAGGGGCCUUUGCGUCGCCGAUCAUCGCCAAGCUGGUGUUCGGGCCCGGAGCGGCGUCCGACAACUCCACGCCUCCCGUCGCCACAGAGCUGACAAGCAGAGCCCCCGAGCCUCACACGCUCAUCCGCUACGUCCACAGCAGGACCAGCACCCUCAAGUCCAUGUGGGCCUACAUUGUGAUCGGCUGCUUCGUCUUCCUCGUCUCCUUCCUCUUCUUCGUCCUGUUCGCCCGCGGCAGCAGGUCGCAUGAAAAAGCUCGCACUAAGUCGGGAAAGCCCCUGGUGGCCAAACAUCACACUGCGCUCAUCGUCCUGCUCUUCUUCUUCUUCUUCGGUUACGUGGGCGCCGAGGUAGCUUACGGCUCCUUUAUCUUCACCUUCGCUAAGGACUACGCCCGCAUGCCUCAGGCGCAGGCGGCCGGGCUCAACUCGCUCUUCUGGGCGACCUUUGCGGCCUGUCGGGGUUUGGCGAUCUUCUUUGCGGCCUGCGUGUACCCGGCCACCAUGAUCCUGCUCAGCCUGGUGGGCUCCACCGUGUCGUCGCUGCUCCUCUGCCUCUUCAGCAAAGAGAACGCCGCGCUGUGGCUGUGCACCGGUCUGUACGGCGCGUCCAUGGCGACCACCUUCCCCAGCGGCAUCUCCUGGGUGGAGCAGUACACCACGGUGACGGGACACACGGCGUCGGCCUUUGUGGUGGGCGCGGCGCUGGGCGAGAUGGUGCUGCCCGCCCUCGUGGGCUUCCUGCUGGGGAAGUUCCCGGAGCAGCCGCUGCUCAUGUACCUGUCGCUCGUCACCGCCACCUUCACCUCCAUCCUGUUCCCCGUCAUGUACAAGCUGGCUUCAGCCCCCAGCGGCCAGAGUAGGAAACCCCGCGCCAGAGGCCGGCCGGACACGGACGACAGCGAGUUCCGUCAGGCGCUACUGGACUCAGGAGCCAAUGAGGAGGAAGAGGAGGAGGAGGAGGAGGAGGAGGACAACGAGGCGGAUCAGUGGAACGAUGCAGACUUUGAAGUCAUUGAGAUGGACGACGCAUCGAGUCUCAUCAGUUCACCGAGCAAGGCGUCCUCGCCCCCUGACGUCACAAGCUCCGCCUCCUCCAGCUCCCAGCUGACGGAGCCUGUAGGAGGAUUCUCUGACACCGUGUCUCUGGUGGGAGACUCGCCCAGACGCAAAGUGCUGCUCUCUCUGGACAGAGAGAAGAGAGACUGAGCGCCCCCCCUGUGACCUGAGACCUGAAGGUUUACCCCGCAGCGACGACCGACCUGAGACCAACACCUGUGAAGCUGACUGACCACUGGUGUGUGGACUGGUUUGACUGGUUUGACUGGUUCUAAUGAUUAUUAUUUCAUUCAGUCUGUGUCAGCCCCUUUUCUCCUUCAGUGAGGUCAGAGGUCAACGAGGUGUCAUGGCUGGGAGGAUUCAGUGCCUUGCUCGAGGACACACAGAGUGGACAUAUUGAACCAGGGACCGUCAUCCUCCUCCUCUUCAUCAUGUUCAUCAUCACGCCAAAAACAGAUGUUUUAAACAUGUGGUUUCAACAGAAGGAGACGUGUCAUGAUGUAAGAGCUGAAUGAAUUUAUUUUCUUGUUGCACUUUUGUAAAGUUUUUGUUUGUUUGAGGCUGAAACCAACUUUGAGUUUUGUCAGUUGAACUGUUUUCUAACCUACGAGUCUCAUUUAUGAUGCAACUUAAAAAAAAGAUUCUUCUUUAAGCUCCAGCUUUUGGCCAGAUGUUGAUCCAUUCUCUGUUUUCACAUCUGCACUCCUGAAAACUUGUGGAUCAUUUCAGGAGGACUGAUUCUGAUACUCUCCAGACCUGGUUGUUCACAUGAACAUCACAGCAGGAGAAACUCCAGGUGAAGUCAGAGUGAAAAAUGUUGAUGUUUGCAUUCACACAUACAGCUCCUCCUGGAAAUAUCCUGAGUUUUCUCCAAGUGUUUUUUAUUUUAUUUUAUUUAACCAGGUUGGUCCCAUUGAGAUUAAAAAGCUCUUUUUCAAAGGAGACCUGGCCGAGACAGGCAGCAGCAAAAACACAAAGUUACAAAGUACAAUUUACAAGACACAACAUUUUGGAUUAAUAGAACCAUCUAUGAGUCAUAUCUGGAAGUCCGUUGUUCAAACAGUCAAGCUACAUUGACAUCCUAUGUCUUUUUGUUUUAAUAUUUGAGUAACACAACUGUCAUUCUGACUACAUCGUAUCUCAAUGAACCAAAUGAAGGAGUCUAAUCAGAUAUCAUGCUGAAGUUAUUGGCAGCUCCAUUUGUCUGGAAAAUCUCCAAACGGCCUGUUUGAGCACACAUUUUCUGAAAGGUGGAGCAGACAAAAGACUGAGAGGAUGGACUUUUCUCAUCAUUGGGGGGUUUGUAGACAGACUAGAGACACAUAUUAGUGUUAGAGAAACAUGGUGAAGUGAUACACUUUACAUUAUGUGUUGCUCUGUUUGUGAGAGGAGACUUGUGCAGGCUCUGGGUGAAGAAAUGUUCAGGUUAUAUCUGAGACUGUUGUUGCUCUGUGUGAACGAUGACGCAGCUUUCUAAAGCGCUUCAUCAGCUGACAGAAUCCAAACGUCUGAAGAGGGCAGUGUGAGUGUUUGUCGUGUACUGUGAUGUGUGCUCGUCUCGUCUCGUUUUUCAAAAUGAAUCAUGGACAGAAGACGUAUUAAUACAUUGACUUUUUAUUAUAUCAAUCUGAAACCUCCACCCACAGCAAUGUUCAUUAAAAACAAACCAAAAGCA